AUGGUCAAGUUAACCCAGGUCGACGACGAGACCGCUGCCGCCACCGAGCAGAAACACACUUUCGACUACGCUGAAGACAGCGGAUCCGAGUCCGAGUCCGACUUUGACGAGGACGACAUUGAAAACGAAACCUUGUAUGAUAGACUUGUGGCCCUUAAGGACAUUGUUCCUCCAGAGAAGAGAGCCCAGUACAACUACUACGUCAACAAAUUGAAGAGCUAUGCCUCCUCUGGUAUUUCCACUUCGGGCUCCUUGUUGUGGGCCAUCACCUCGACCGGUUUGUUGUUGGGAUUCCCAUUCUUUAUUGCCCUCUUCUCCGAGAUGCAGCUCCAGGAGUUGGAGAAGGGUGUUGCCAUGCAGCAGGGCUCCCAGGACUUGAUUGCCUCUGGCGCCGACCCCCUUGCUGCUGAGGGCACCAAGGAGCAGAAGUAA